AUGAAUGACUUUCUGCAAGAGCAUAUUAAAUCUGUAUCUGGGACAGUUUUGGAGCUCAUCCAAGAAGGAUUAUUUUCAAAUGUAACCGUUGUCAUGAAUGAUCAUGAAUUCAAGACUAACAGUCUACUCUUGGCUAGCUCUAGUGACUACUUUAGGGCAUUGUUCAGUUUUCAGCAAAAUUCAGUUGAAGAACCUCGUUUGGAAAUCAAAUGUGAUUACGUUUCACAUGUUGGUCUCAGCCAUGUCAUGCUGUUCAUUAAUUCGAUUGGUCAAGUUCAUGAUUCUAUUCCUACUGAAGAUUAUCAGGAUGUAUAUAUCGCGUCAAGCUUCCUACAAGUACACUGUCUUCGAAAAAUGAUGAGUCUUCGUUUAGAAGGGACUCUCUGUACAGAUAAUGUUCUUAAGAUUAUGAAUUUGGCACAUUGGUUCGAUGAUGAUGCGUUAUUUAAAAAAGCCAUAUUGUUCCUCUGGCACGAAUUCCAACUAAUCGAUUAUUUCUCAAGUGAUUUUGUGAAUUUAACUACCAAACAGAUCGCAAAAAUAUUUCAAAGUGAUCAGAUCAAUAUAUCUCAGGAACGUGUUGUUUUGGAAGCAAUACUUGUAUGGCUUUGUCAUGAUGUUAAACGUCGAAUGGAGUUUUUCAAAAAUAACUUCCUUCAUCUUGUAAGAUUACCUUUGAUAACGAGAAAUGAAUUGAUGGAAAUAAUUAGUAAUCCAAAAUACUCUGCAGCUAAUGAUGCCUUACAGUUCUUAUUUUUGGCACAUAAUUCUUUAAAUCAACCAUCGUUUCUUAAUGAAUUAGAAAAAUUUUCAAUAUCAGAUAUUUGGAGUUAUCAAUUUUUACCGAAUUCACUUAUAGAUCCUAAACAAUAUAAACCAAGGGUUGGAACCAUAUAUCGUGUCUAUGGACUUGGAGGGGAAAGUGAUUUCAAUAACAACACUUCAGCAUCUUAUGAACUGCAGUCGAAUGAAUUUAUGGUUUAUAAUGAAGAUUUAAGUGUUGCUACUACAUAUACACCUCCGUAUGCUGCUUCAAGAGUACAUCAUGGUGUAGCUGCUUCUCUUAAUUGGAUAUAUGUAGUAGGUGGUGAAUCUGAAGAGGGUGAAUUAUUAAACCAUUGUUCACGUUUUAGUUUAACAGAUCUUGUUUGGCAUACAAUGAGUGAAUUGGACUCUCCUAGAUCACAUCAUACGUUAAUCUGUAUUGAAAAUUAUUUAUAUGUAUUUGGCGGUUAUUGCUUAAAUUGGGCGACAAAUUAUUCACCAGCUAGCGAUUCGAUUUUAACAUAUGAUAUCUGUACAAAUAAAUGGAAUAAUUCAAAUCAUAAAUUACCAUUUGGUUUGGUAGAUACAUGUGCAUUACUAUUGACUCAUAAAGGUCUUAUUAUGUUUGCCGGUGGUCUUGAAGAAUAUGGUGAUGAAAUGCGUCCGUCUGAUUGUGCCCUUCUAUAUGAUCCCACAGAGGAAGAUGGAGAAAAUUUCAAGUUUCUACCAAAACUACCAAUGCCUCUGAUCAGUGUGGCAUUAGCUUGUGACACUGUAGAAAAUCAAGUAUUUUUGUGCGGCGGUCGAAUGAGUGUUUACGGCUCGGAACUUGAUGAUAUUUCAAAUAAAGUAUUCUGCUUUAAUUUUAGUACAAAUUGUUGGACUCAGAUCACUGUACUAGAUUUUCCACGUUACAAUGCUUUCUCAUUUGUACUGUACGAUAGAUUGUAUGUGAUUGGUGGUAUUACGAUUGAUGAAGUCAUUGAGAAUACACCGAGUUCAUUGUUAACUUCGUUAAUCAAUGUAGAUCAUGAGGAUUCUGUGAUGGUUAGACAAAUAACUACUACUGAUAAUGAUCAAAGUAUUUCUCUUAACUUGUUAGAACAAUUUUCUGUCGGAAAUUAUAUUCGUCCAAAUAUCUUACAAGCUCCAUUUAGACCAUGUCAUUUUUCUGAAGGUUGGCAGUUAAGAUCACCAUCUUCAACAUCAUCAAAUAGCUUGCAUAGAACAUCAACUCAGUCACGCCCUAAACGUUUGAAAUUAUCACUUGCUAAAUAUGAAAAUCAUUUACCCGUUAUAUCAAGAUGUUAUGCAGCUUAUUGUAUAGCUCCAUAUUUAAAUUGUAUGAAGUAG